GUCUGAAUAUGUCGGCUGGAUAAAAUACGUUAACUGUUAUCAUGAGCAAAACGAUUUCCUUUGGUUAAGUUUAUCAUCGUUAAGUUAUCGUAAAAAACGGUUGUAAUUAAAAAGUUUGAAGGUACGGAUAACAUGAAUAUAACUGAUCGAAGAAAUUGAAUUGGCCAUAUUGUACGUGAAAAGAUCGAAUAAAGGAGGCCUUAUGUCAAGUCGGUUCGGUAUUGGGAGGGCCGACGACGUGUGCCAAUAUGAAGAAGUUAUUUUCCAAAAUCGAAAACACGUCGAAGGAACCCAACAGUUACGUAGGGAAGGUUUUUGUGGUUGGACGUUACACUGUCACCGUCGAAGAAGUUUUAGCCGAAGGAGGAUUCGCUAUCGUGUUCCUGGUUAAAUCUUCGAGCGGACGUUAUGCACUUAAACGCAUGUAUGUUAAUAAUGAACAUGACCUCAAUGUAUGUAAAAGAGAGAUACAAAUUGCGAGUAAUUUAAAUGGUCACAAAAAUAUAAUAGGAUACGUGGACAGCAGUAUCACUCACAUAGGAGGAGGAGUACACGAACUGUUGCUUUUGAUGCCUUAUUGUAAAUCUCAAGUUCUUCAAAUGAUGAAUAACAGGUUACAAAGUGGUUUCAACGAAUCUGAAAUUUUACAAAUAUUUUGUGAUGUUUGCGAAGCCGUGUCCAGAUUGCAUCAUUGUCAAACACCAAUAAUACACAGAGAUUUAAAAGUUGAAAAUAUAUUGUAUUCCGAUACUGGCCAUUAUGUGCUGUGCGAUUUUGGCUCUGCAACGGCAAAAAUUCUUAAUCCUAGCAUACAUGGUGUGGCAAUGGUUGAAGAAGAAAUAAAGAAAUAUACGACCCUUAGUUACAGAGCACCUGAAAUGGUGGAUAUGUACUGUGGAAAAUCUAUUACGACAAAAGCUGACAUAUGGGCAUUAGGGUGUUUAUUGUACAAACUUUGCUUUUUUACAUUGCCAUUCGGAGAGAGUACACUCGCUAUUCAAUCAGGAAAUUUUACGAUACCGGAUAAUUCGAGGUACAGUAGAAAUCUGCAUUGUUUGAUACGUUAUAUGCUCGAGCCGGAUCCUGAUAUUCGUCCGGACAUUUACCAAGUUUCCGUGAUCGCUUUCCAAAUCCAGGGCAAAGAGUGCCCUGUGCAAAACUUACAUAAAGCUUCGAUCCCUGUAUUGGAAUCGUUGGUUUGUCCACCACUGGAGUCUGAAAACCUAAAGAGAUCAUCAUUAGUGAAAACACCAAAGCCAACUCCGACACCGGUAACGACAGUAGAGGGUACAUCGGUUACACCGAGACAACGACCAAAGGGGCAGGUCGUAAGCGCAGGCCCUAUAAGUUUAAGCGGUCAGAUAGUCAGCCAAAUAUCUGGUCAGGGUAGUCAAUGUUUGCAGUCACAAGCUUGCGCGGGAAAUUCGAUAGCAUACGUUCAAAUGAGUCAACAAGUUGGUUCAUUGAACGUACCGUCUCAACCGUAUUUAGGACAAAACAUUCAGCAAAACAUACAGCAAUCGGCGAUAGCAGCGAACACGCAAGCAACGCAGCCGUCACUGGUUCAGGUUUCGCCGCAAAUUCCAGCAAAUGGUCAAGCCGUUCCGCUGGUACAACCUUCUCAACCGCAUCAGGCACAGUUCGGUCAGCCGUCCCAGGCUUCCGUGGUUAGACAGCAGUCUCCCGUCACGGUUCAGGAUAAAAAAUCUUCGUAUUACUUCGACUCCAAGUCGGGCAAGAAGGUGGACGAAGAAAAUCUGGAAGCGUUGUUCCCACCAUCGGGGUAUCCAGAUCCAUUCAAAGAAGAUGAUAGUCGAGCAAUGCCACCACCUGCAAAAAUACCACCCCCCGUAGCUCCUAAACCAUCUAAGGUCUUACCGAAGGCGUCCAAUAUUUCCGUUAAUUGUCCCCCACCAAAGUUGACAUCCGUUACUCCGCUAACUUUAAAAUUAAAUACCACACCGGGAGCUAACAAGGGAACUUGCAUUACGCCGCCAACUUUACCUAAACCAGUAAAUAAAACCGAAAGCUUGAGUCAGAAUAUCAGUUCGAGCGCAUCUCCACCAGAUAGCCCAACAUUGAUCUCCGCACGGCACAGAAGAAACGUGAGCGAUACGAGUGCUUUCAACAAAGCAUUUGCAAGCGAAACGACUCAGUUUCUAGCACCGUACGAAGCUUCUGUGAAAUCACGAUCGGACGAUGUUGCGUCUCCCGAAGUUGUUACCGAUGUAAGACCUUGUCUAGGAUCUAGCGCCUCACAUGUACGUAUUGGCGAACUGUCGAGCGUAACCACAACCGAAGGAAGAUCGUUGAGUGCGGAUGUUGCCGCCUGGAAUCCAUUCGAGGACGUUCAACCUUUUAAUCAGUUAACGGAAGAUCAUAUUUUCGGUGCAGAAUUUGAUAAAAUUAGAAGGGGAAGCAACGCGAGUACGAGUGGCGUAAAGAGCCGUGAAAGUCUCGUUAUGACAUGUACAGAAUUACCAGAAGAUCCGUUUGAGUCUGCGCCUUUCAGUUUGCCAAAAAAGAAGAACAAAAUUGGAUCGAAGACGGCGGCACUUGCUGGAGGCAAGCCCGUAAACGGUAGAUCGAGAGUAGCUUCAAAGCAAUGGAAUUCGAGCAUCGAACGCGUCGAAGCGGACGUCGUAGAAAGCCCGUUGACGGGGAACGCUUCCGUUUCUCCGCGGUUCGUUCGAGCUCCCAUCGAGGAUAGAUCCAAGUACGAGAAAUUGUCGUUCGACGUUGGCGAGGUCGACUCGAGCGACAGCGACAGCGACGAGGACGCGUCGGAAAAACGAAUCAAACAAAAGAGGAGGAGGACGAAGAACGCGUUGCGUAGAAAGAAGAAGACGCAAGAUGCGAGAAACGCUUCGAUCGAGGACGACGAAUCGAACGACUCUAUAGGUUCCGCAAGUGAUUUGAGAACGUUCAACGACAGCGAGUGCGACGAUGACGACGAUGCACGGGACAAUAUCGUUCGAGCGAACGGCAUCGACGAUAACGAGGACGAGGAAGAAGACGGCGACAACGAUGACGAUGACGACGAUGACGACGACGCGACGCGUGAACGCUCGAUAAGCGGGCGAGAAAUCUGCGACGGAAGUCCGAUUCGUCGCGUGGAUUGCGAUUUCGUCGGUUCACGAGAACACGAUAGAGCGAAAAGGUCAAAGAACCGUUAUCGAUCUCAGAAAUCAACGACGCAGACGGACACGGAUCCCGUGGUUGGACACGGCUACGGAGAGAAACCUCUCUUGCUGGACGACGAGUUAGAUCCGGAAUCGAAAAUCGAACGAUCGGCUGUUGAUCCGUUUGUUGGUUGUCGGUAUGAUUCUAGGUUCGCCUUACCGAACGACAACUGCCUCUCGAACAACAACGGCGCCGGAGAUUGCAGGAUGAAGUAUGGCAAACCCGCCUCCUGGAAACUCGAAGAGGACGUGUUUGCUCUGGCUCCGUUUCCGAGGUCCGGUCAAUCGAGGAAACCUAUCGGACAGCGCUCGAAUUCGAAGAGUACCUCGCGCUCGUCGCUUGUUUCUGCCUGCGGUUCCACGAUCCCCGUUGCGCCUUUACGCGUCGACACUGAGUCGUCCUCGUCUAAACGUAAUUUUUCUCCGAGAUCCGUGAGAAGCGGAAACAUCGCUAUCGAGCAAUCCCGCGAGAACGAUUAUUCGACCGGAGAGACUGAACCCAUUCCGAACGUCUAUCGAGUCGUUGGUCCGCAAAAGAUUGCGACCGUGGAGCAAGGUAUAUCGGAGAAAAAAGAGAAAGUAGAGAAAUUAGAGAUAGAAGAAGAAAAGCGAGUAGAGAAAGAAGGAGAAAAAAAAGAAGGAAAGGAGAAAGAAAAAGUAGACAAAGGGAACGAGAAUAGAGAGAAAGAUUUAUUUGGUUCUUCUCCGUUCGGUCUAAACGCUUUUGUAAAUCCUUUCAAUAUGGUUUCGAAUCGAUGGCCAGCGACAACGACAACGACCGCGGACACGACGACGGCGACAACGACCACACCAACGACAACGACAGAAUUGAGAAGUCGAGAAGCAUCGCGCGACGAGGACCCCUCCGAAGCUUCCGCCGAUUCGUCGGUACGUCUGCGAUGUACCGAGCCGCGCAGAUCAAAGGAAAACGACUGGCCAAUCGGUGGAACGACGUCGAACUCGAUGUUUCUCGGUGUGGCUGUAAAUCGUGGUCGAGCGUCCGGUACGGAAACCGCGGAGCGAAUGGAAAGCGCGCAAAGUUCGAAGGAUCUGUUCGGUUCCGUUCCUUUCGACGAAUUCGCGUCUUUCCGACCGAACGAGCAAAAGAGACCGACUUCCGUGCCGUUUUACUCCCGAUCCUCGCCAGAUUUCCUCGAGGACGGUGUCCGCGCGACCUCCUCGAACACUGCACGUUCCCCGAACGCGUUCAUCGUCGGAUCGGCAUCCGAGGCCGGUUCAAUGAGGCGAGCGGCGUAUUCGAUGCAACCGAUUCGACGUGCCACUCGAACAGCUGUUGAACCGAUCAACAAUGUGUCGAGGACGGACGUCGUGUCGGACGUCGUUUCGCCGGCGUUGGCAGCGUCGCCCGCCUCGCCGGAACCUCUGGUCGCGGACGACGCUCCGAGGUUCAAGAAGGACAAAUUCAAAUCGGACAAAUCGAACAAGUCGAACAAAUCGAAGUAUCGUUUGAUCGACGAGUGCUCGUCCGGUGGCGACAUCGGCCUCGACGCUGCCGUACUCGCCUCGAAGCUGUCUCACAAACAUAAGUCCGCCUGUUACAAACGAACACCGAGAACGAAAAAGUGUUCGGUGGUCACCGCGGCGGGGUUUAGCAAUAUGAGUUUCGAAGAUUUUCCAAGCGACGAGAACGAGGAGAAACGGCUCGGAAAUACCGGGGUCGCGCCGUUCGAAGUGAUCAGGGAGUCGGAAAAACGAUUCGGGUCGUUGAAAAGAAGGAGCAAUCCGUUCACUUGAGAAUAAUGCGCGCUAAAACGAACGACGAAAUAUUCGCGAUCGCGCGAUUAUCCUUUGCUUGCCUUUCUCUCUGUUUUUCCUCACGCCCUACGCCUACGCCACUGCACCUUAUGCUUUUACCUUUCUUCUCCUUUCAGUGCUCUUUCUUUCUCUGACGUUACCUUUCGAUCCAAGUAACGGUACGCUCGAUCCACCUUUCUUGCUAUUUUCAAGAAUCGAAAGGGUAUUGCAAAAAUUUUCUAUUUUCGUUUUUUUAUUUAAGUAUUUCUUUGAAACGCUGGUUUCAAUUGUUACGCAUUUUUAUAAAGGCUGCGAUCGCUGUUUGUCCAGCAAGUAGGCGUUUAAUGUACUUGCGUGUACAACGUUUUAGAAUACCGAUCCAAGCUGGCGAAAUUUCCGAUACGCGAGAAAAUAAGAAAAAGAAGCGAAGGAGAAUUAAACAAAAGCGAAGUGUGGGCGUUCGCGAAAAAACUCGCGCAUCUAUUUUUGCAGCUAUAGACGUUUCGCCGUUUAUACUUUAAAGUUUGUAGAUUUCUACCAUAUGUCGCUAUGAUUCGUCGGUUCUUGUAUGCGGAACAAUUUUUUCUAAGAGAAAAUAACGCAUUAGCUAUAGACUUACAGUUCUCCGAAUUUGGCGGAGCAACGCAGAGUAAAUGAACUGUCGCGUUUCAACUCAUUGAUCGAUCCGUCGUUAAUAAUUUUGUUUAAUAACGAAGCCGUUGCUGGUAAGCUCGAUCGAAUUCUGAAAUGGAUCGACGCGUGACAUCGUGUUGUGUCGUAAAAAGUAUACGACUACUCGCUCGAAACGGAUCUUUCGACGAUCCGUGCUUCUUUUCUCGUUUUAGUUUUUAAGCUUGUUACCGGCACCGUAUCCGCUCUUGUACAGGGGAAGAGCAGGAAAAUAGGAAAAACGAUUGCGACAAUAUUAUAUAAAUAUCUAUGCGAUUAAUAUAUUUGCAUAUAUCUAAAUAUUAUAUAUAAAUAUUCUGAUACGCGUACAAAUUCAGGUACUUGGUGUACGGGCGCGUAUACCGAGGUGUAGGGAUGCGCGUUUACGUUAACGAAAAACGUAGAUGUUAGUCGAUAAGCAUUUAGGUGCCUUGUUUUCGUUGAGCUGAGUAUAUUUCGAGCUCGCACUCUUUUUUAUCUUUUAACGCGCGAACAACGGUAUUACGAGAGAAACGGUCAACGAUUUUCUUCGAUUUGGUUCCUAUGCGUAGCUGGAAAAGUUGAAAGUUUCGAUCGCGUGAACCGUAUCGAGCGAGGCGAACGGAAACACAAAGGUCGAAUAAAAAACAGAGUAAAAAGAGAAUACGACGGGAAAGAAGAAAUCGUCUUUAUGCGUAGUCAUCGGACAGUUGUUAGUUACGACGAUAAGUGUUUGAAGGGGCGAUCGAACGUAACGCAAUCUUCUUGCGACGAUCUACGUAUAAAAAAUGGUUUAACGAUUACAAAUAUAUUCUGACAAAAUGUUUGCAGUAUUUUUAGGAUAAAAAACAGGUGCUGUUUCGGCAAACUUUAUUCGUGUAUCGCUAAGAAGAUAACGUUUUAUCGUUUCAGGAAAAAAUGCGUUAAGCGCUGUUUGUCACGGUUAGGUGCACAUUCCGGUACACAUUCCGUACCGAUUACUUAUUUUAUACAUAUAUGUCGUUAUACUCGUUAUUAUUAUCUUCAUCAUCAUCGUCAUCGUUUCCGUUUACACAUUAGUUUCGAAUCUUACUUAAACGUUGUUACUGCCUCGACACCAGAUAUUGCAUUACUUUUGUCAACCGGUGUUAGGUACAUACAGUUGGUAUUCGUUGUUGUUCGGAAGCUCGGAAAGACUCGUCCAUUUAGAAUAUUAGCGCGGGAAACUAAAGCGUUUGAAAUUGUCUGGAAUAACGGUCAUGGAUGUUUCGUAGUCGGAAAAAGCACGUUUCCGUUUCGUUCCGAGACCGAGAGGAACGCGUCGAUCGGUAUGUCGCGUCGCUUUGAAUUUCUUCGACGCGCACGAUAAUUACUUUUCGAACGAGAAGAACGCAUCGGCGAACCACAUCAAUUCCGUCGAUUAUCAAUCAAGGUGUCGGAUGUUACGAGAACCAAUUCGUCGUACGGAACGUUUGAUCGUACGAUUCGAGAUUCAUUGAUUUAAUAAAUAGAAUUUCGUGUAAAAAGAGAAACAGAAAUUGUCUCGAAUGUUGUACUGACGUUCCACUCUCUGCAGACCCUCCAUUUCCUCUUCCUUUUAAUCGACGACGAAGCUCGCGACGCUAACGUGCCUUUCCGCGUGUGCAUACAUAAAUUCAAAACGCAUAAAAGGUUCGCGCGCAUACGUGCCCGUAAUGCCUAAAAUAUUUUGUUCGUUUAGCGACCUA